UCCCCGGAACUCGAUCCUCUGAGAUCCGACCCCAGUCGCAAGGGAGGCUUGUGGAGGAAUGGGUGCUCUCCAGUCUACGUCCGCUCAUCCAGAAUACGUUGAUCUGGCGGAGAAGACGGGAUUUUCAUAUGAACAGAUCCGAGUCCUGCAUGAAAGAUUCAAACAGCUGAGCCACCAUGAAGAAACUCUGCGGAGAGAUCACCUCAAUGAGAUCCCAGAUCUUGCGUGCAACCCCAUCCGUGCACAGAUCGUAGAGGCUUUCUUUGACAGAAGAAACUACCAUCAGAACGGCGAGGGCCCGGUGCAGGAGAUCGGCUUCGAGGAGUUCCUGGUGGUCAUGUCCCAUUUCAGGCCCCCGUCUCAUCACAUGACAGAGGAGCAGCGUGAGAACGUCAGGAGGGAGAAACUGAAAUUUUUAUUCAACAUGCACGACACAGACAACGAUGGGACAAUAACCCUGGAGGAAUACAGACACGUGGUGGAGGAGCUGAUAUCUCAAAGCGGGACUCUGGAGAAGGAGACGGCCAAAAGCAUUGCCGAUGCAGCCAUGUUGGAGGUGGCCAGCAUUUCAAUGGGUCACAUGGAGCCGGAUGAAUUCUAUGAGGGGAUCACAUUUGAGCAUUUCAUCAAGCUGCUGCAUGGCUUUGAAAUUGAAUCAAAAAUGAACAUUUUCUUUUUGAACAUGGACACGUCGACCCUGUGUAAGUGACGCUGGGACGUUAGUCGCUGACUCGGCGUAAACUCUGAUGACACACAUCGUUGUUUUCAUGAUAACAGCAACUCUCGCCUGUUUCCUACACCAACGUUUGGCGCUUCCUCUGACUUUAUGCCUUAUUCAUGUUGGAAUAACU